GCGCCUCGGCUCGGCCGGAUUUUUUUGCCCGGGUGUAUUUCAGGCCGGUGGGGCAGCUCCCGUCUGCCCGGGCUCCCCCGAUGGUUUUGCCUCGGCUCCGGGAGAGCUUCAGAUCGCACCUCGCCCUCCUGAGCUCCCUCUGCACUAGGAUGUUGCGGCAGGUUUUGCACAGGGGGCUGAGGACGUCUUUUUCCAGACUCGGCCACUUCAUUGCCAGUCACCCGGUGUUCUUCGCCUCCGCACCUGUGCUGAUCUCGAUUUUGCUGGGCGCCAGCUUCAGCAGGUACCAGAUCGAGGAGAGCGUGGAGUAUCUCCUGGCCCCCAAACACAGCCUGGCCAAGAUCGAGAGGAACCUGGUGAACAGCCUUUUCCCGGUGAACCGCUCCAAACACCGGCUCUACUCUGACCUGCAGACCCCUGGGAGGUACGGCAGGGUCAUCAUCACAUCCUUCAGGAAGGCGAACAUGCUGGACCAACAUCAUACUGAUCUGAUCUUAAAGUUACACUCAGCUGUGACCAGGAUCCAAGUACAAAGACCUGGUUUCAAUUACACAUUUGCCCAUAUAUGUAUCCUGAAUAAUGACAAGACUUGCAUAGUGGAUGACAUAGUGCAUGUACUGGAGGAGCUAAAGUCUGCUCGAUCUUCUAAUCGAACUAAUUUUGUUAUCACAUAUCCAAUCACUCACUUAAAGGAUGGCAGGGAAGUGUAUAACGGGCACCAGCUUGGCGGGGUUACCGUGCACAGCAAAGAUCGGGUGAAGUCUGCAGAAGCCAUCCAGCUCACCUACUACUUGCAGGCGAUCAACUCUCUGAAUGACAUGGUAGCAGAAAAGUGGGAAUCCAUCUUUUGUGACACUGUCGAACUUUUUCAGAAAUCCAACAGGAAAGUCAAAAUGUAUCCCUUCACUUCGUCUUCGCUGAGGGAGGAUUUCCAGAAGACGAGCAGGGUGUCAGAACGUUACCUGACCACAGGCCUGGUCCUUGUGGUCACUUUGGCCAUACUCUGCUGUUCUAUGCAGGAUUGUGUCCGCAGCAAACCUUGGCUUGGCCUUUUAGGGUUGUUAACGGUGAGCUUAGCCACUCUGACUGCAGCUGGAAUCAUCAAUCUGACUGGUGGGAAAUACAAUUCCACCUUCCUGGGAAUUCCCUUCAUCAUGUUAGGUCAUGGGUUAUAUGGGACUUUUGAAAUGUUGUCCUCCUGGAGGAAAACUAGAGAAGACCAACAUGUUAAAGAGAGAACUGCAGCUGUGUUUGCAGACUCCAUGCUCUCCUUUUCUCUCACCACUGCCAUGUACCUGGUCACUUUUGGAAUAGGUGCCAGUCCUUUCACUAACAUUGAAGCAGCAAGGAUUUUCUGCUGCAAUUCCUGUAUUGCAAUUUUCUUCAACUACCUCUACGUACUCUCCUUUUAUGGUUCCAGCCUGGUGUUUACUGGCUACAUAGAAAACAACUACCAGCAUAGUAUCUUCUGCAGAAAGGUACCAAAGCCAGAGGUAUUGCAAGAGAAGCCUGCAUGGUAUAGGUUUCUUCUGACAGCCAAAUUCAGCGAGGACACAACCGAUUCAGAGGAAACAAAUACUUAUGAAAGUCAUCUUUUGGUGUGUUUCCUCAAACGCUAUUACUGUGACUGGAUAACAAACACUUACGUCAAGCCUUUUGUAGUUCUCUUUUACCUUAUUUAUAUUUCCUUUGCCUUAAUGGGCUACCUGCAGGUCAAUGAAGGGUCAGACCUUAGUAACAUCGUAGCAACCGCGACACGAACCAUUGAAUACACUACUGCCCAGCAAAAGUAUUUCAGUAACUACAGCCCAGUCAUUGGGUUUUAUAUCUAUGAGUCAAUAGAAUAUUGGAACACAAGCGUUCAAGAAGAUGUGCUAGAGUAUACUAAAGGGUUUGUGAGGAUAUCUUGGUUUGAGAGCUAUUUAAAUUAUCUUAGGAAACUCAACAUAUCUACUGGAUUGCCCAAAAAGAAUUUUACUGACAUGUUGAGGAACUCUUUCCUGAAAGCCCCCCAGUAUGCCCAUUUUUCAGAGGAUAUCAUCUUUUCCAAAAAAUACAACAACGAAGUUGAUGUAGUAGCUUCAAGGAUGUUCUUGGUGGCUAAGACAAUGGAAACCAAGAGAGAAGAACUCUAUGAUCUCCUGGAAACCUUGAGGAAACUCUCUCUCACAUCCAAGGUGAAAUUCAUCGUUUUCAAUCCAUCAUUCGUAUACAUGGAUCGUUACGCCUCCUCAGUGGGAGCCCCCUUACAAAAUUCCUGCAUCAGUGCUUUAUUUCUGCUCUUCUUCUCGGCAUUCCUGGUGGCAGACUCUCUAAUCAAUGUCUGGCUCACUCUAACUGUUGCCUCAGUCGAAUUUGGAGUCAUAGGUUUCAUGACCUUGUGGAAAGUGGAACUGGACUGUAUUUCUGUGUUGUGCUUAAUUUAUGGGAUUAAUUAUACAAUUGACAACUGUGCGCCACUGUUAUCAACCUUUAUCCUGGGCAAAGAUUUCACAAGAACUAAAUGGGUAAAAAAUGCCCUAGAAGUGCACGGGGUAGCUAUUUUACAGAGCUACCUCUGCUAUAUUGUUGGUCUGAUUCCUCUUGCAGCUGUGCCUUCAAAUCUGACCCGUACACUGUUCAGGUGCUUGUUUUUAAUAGCAUUAGUCACCUUCUUUCACUGCUUUGCCAUUUUACCUGUGAUACUGACUUUUGUGCCACCAUCCAAGAAAAAAAGGAAAGAGAAGAAGAAUCCUGAAAACCGUGAGGAAAUAGAGUGUGUCGAAAUGGUGGAUAUGGAUAGUACCCGAGUGGUUGACCAAAUUACAACAGUUUGACUUGUUUGUUUGUUGUCUUUUCACAGUAGGUCUUAUUGAGAGAAAAGAGAUCAUUAUUG